GAUAGAAAAGGGAACACGAGAACAUUUGCACCUCUUUUUCUUAGUUUUUUUUUCCUCCCACGUGCUUUUAGAAACUCACCAUGAAGUUCCCCCUCCUCCUGAUCGGCUCCAACCUUUUCGCGGUUCGUUUCUCCUCCUCGGAUCCACAGCUGUGGAGGACAUAAAGCUCCACCGGGUCCAGCCACAACAAGCUCAGGUUCACCGUCCUCAGCAGCCCGCAGACCACAAGCAGCAGCACUAUCAGUACGGCAAGACCCCACGGCGGGAUGUAGUCUGAACCGACGUCGGUGUUUAUUCGCAGUCUGUCCGGGCCCACAGAUGCCCAAUUCUCUCCGCUCCAUACACACAGGUGGUAGGAGGUCUGCUCGUUGCCAGCUUCUCCUGCAGAGAUGCUCCUCCGCAGAGCCUCCACCGUCAGAAGUCCGCUAUGUGGCUCGUCGAGGACGAAAUUGGUCACCUGGAACGGGGAGUACUGGAGGUUGGACUGCUGCUUGCACGGGUCGGGCGCAUCAUCGGUCGCUCCGGCCGCUUCGCCAGUUUCCCCUGCGAACGCUACCCACGACAAGUUUCCAUUCAGGUUAGACCCGAAGAGACGGAGCUGGAACGUGGCUCCUUCUGGUGCCGAAAUGAUCCGACCCUUCAUGCACAACAAGCCCGCCGGGUCUUCCAGUCGCAGCCCCAGAACCUGCGGAGCUUCCUGGCUGCAGGUACCGUACCUGAUCCCGCAGAACAACAAUAACAUCAACAGGAACCGUAGACCUGCCAAGCUAGCCACCAUAUUGGAAUUGGUCAGCCUGGCUUUUCGUGGAUCACGUGACUUUACCCCCGCAGCGGCCCCGCCCCCCGGGGUUGAGCCGACGAAACAAAACAAACGCCGCAACUGAGUUGCUCAGCGGCCAUUAUGGUUCCACAUACACAGGACUGAGCCCAACCAUGGGCAACAAACCUUCAAGACAUCAAGAACAAAAGACAGAAAAGACAACCAUUUUUCACUCCCAGGUUGGAGCAGUGUACAGGAUUCCUGCACUUUUCUACGAUAGAGACAAAAAAAUCUUUCUGGCCUUUGCAGAGAAGCGAAGGGCUAAAGAUGAUCACACCGCGGUUGUACUGGUCAUGAGAACGGGAACAGUGAGCAACGGUCAAAACUCUAAUAAAGUGAUAAUUACGUGGUCAGAUCUCAAACUGGUGAAGGAGGCGCAUCUGAAAGGACAUCGUACGAUGAAUCCCUGUCCGGUGUAUGACACGACCAAUAAAAAACUUUUCCUGUUCUUUGUCUGCGUUAAAGGUAUUGUGUCAGAGUGUUGGCAGAGAUUCUGGGGCUGCAACAAGACCCGUCUCUGCUAUAUCACAUCCACUGAUGCUGGUCAAACCUGGAGUCAAGUGACCGACUUGACUGAUACACUGGCUGAAAUCAAACAAUGGGCCACAUUUGCUGUUGGGCCAGGCCAUGGUAUUCAAGCAGAGAGUGGUAGAUUGAUCGUUCCAGUUUAUGGUUAUGCUUCUUGCUCCAACUCAUUCUGUUGUAUAAUGUGCUAUUGUGCUGUCUCACAUUCACUCUGCCUUUACAGUGAUGAUGAGGGUAUCACUUGGCAAUUUGGCAACCCGCUUGAAAAAAAAUCAGGUGAAUGUGAAAUGGCAGAGAUUUGCGAUGACAAAGGCAACUGGUCCAUCUACUGCAAUUGCCGUAGUGCUGACAGCCAUCGAGUUGAAGCUUUCAGUUCUGAUAAUGGUGAGGAUUUUGGCAUACUCCCAAAUGGCACACUUGUGGAAACAGGCUAUGGAUGUCAGGGAAGUGUGGUCUCCUUUCCAGCUCAGAAUGAAGGUACAAAAAUAAAGGCUGAUCAAAGUCAGGAUCCCAAAUGGCUACUUUUUUCCCACCCAACUGAUGAGGCAGAAAGAGUGGAUCUGGGAGUGUAUCUGAACAAAUCCCCAUAUGAGCCAGAAAAGUGGAGCACACCCUGGAUCAUCAACAAAGGGCCCAGUGCUUACUCAGACCUGGUUUACAUUGGCGAUGGGCUGUUUGCAUGUCUAAUGGAGCGUGGGGAUAACAGUGAAAUUGAACAGAUAGCUUUCUCAGUGUUCAGCUACAGUGAAGUCGAGAAGGGUGCUGGAGAGUAA